AUGACGACCGAAGAUGAAGCCCGGUCUGGACAAGCGAGCGAGACGUCGCCAUUGCUAGGAAAGCAAGGACCGAAAAUAAUCGACCCUAGCGACGGUAUCGCUCCCGACGGUGCCAUUGCCAAUGGAGUCAUCGCAGAAGGAGAGGAUGGCGGUGACCUCGAACGCCAGACCAGCCUGGAAGAAAGACAGAAACAAUACGAGGGCCAGCCAGAGAUGAGGAAGAAAAUGAAGGUCAUCUUUCCGGCCUUGACGAUCGGUGUUCUUCUUUCUGCUGCCGAUCAGACUAUUAUUGUCUCUAGCUACGGCAAGAUUGGCAGCGAACUGAAGGCUCUCAACAAUGCUUCCUGGAUCGCAACUGCCUACUUCCUGACUCUAACGAGCUUCCAACCACUGUAUGGAAAGAUGUCGGAUAUAUUCGGGAGAAAGAGUUGCUUGUUGUUCGCAUAUGCCAUUUUUGGCCUGGGCUGUCUAUUCUGCGGUCUUGCUCAGAACAUGAACCAACUCAUCGCUGCAAGAGCCUUUGCAGGUAUCGGUGGUGGUGGCAUGACAACUGUGGUGUCUAUCUUGAUGUCCGAUGUUGUGCCUCUGAGAGAAAGGGGUACAUAUCAGGGAUAUGUCAAUGUCAUCUACGCAACGGGAGCUGGUCUAGGCAGUGGUCUAGGAGGAAUCCUUGCUGACUCAAUUGGCUGGCGCUGGUCUUUUCUUGGUCAAGUACCAUUAUGUGUGCUUGCCUUUGUCGUUGUGAGUCUGGUUCUGAAGCUUCCCAAAAGAGAACAGACCGAUUGGAAGCAGAAGCUUGGUCGUAUUGACUUUNUGGGUGCUGCUAUCCUUAUUGGUGCUGUUUUCACUCUCCUGCUUGCCCUCGACCGAGGUAGCAAUGUCUCGUGGAAAGCCAAAAUUACCAUAAUCUCGAUCAGUCUCAGCAUUCCACUCUUUAUCCUAUUCAUCCUCAUCGAGAUGAAAGUUGCGAAGGAACCUUUUGCACCUGGCCACAUCAUAUUCAACCGCUCGCUGUUCGCCUGCUAUCUUUGCAACUUCUUCUCCUUCUCUGGUUGGCUUGCUGCAUUGUUCUACAUUCCUCUCUAUUUCCAAGCAGUGGAUGGUCUGACAGCCACAGGAGCAGGUUUACGGCUUAUCCCCAGUAUUGUUUGCGGUGUCAGUGGCAGUCUGUUUGGCGGCUUUUACAUGCAGCGUACGGGCAAGUUCUACUACCUGACUGUCAUUGCAUACACUUGCUUGGUCAUCGGAAUGACCUUUGUCUUCCUCUUCUCAGGCUUCGUGCUUAACAGCACCGCUGGAAUCAUUGUCGGCAUGUGUAUGUGCGGAUUCAGCAAUGGUAUCGGUGUAACGAGUACAUUGAUCGGUCUUAUUGCCAAUGCUUCUCGCGAAGAUCAAGCGGUUGCCACCGCCUGCUCCUACCUCUUCCGCAGUUUGGGCUCCGUGUUUGGCGUUUCUCUCUCUGCCACUCUCGCUAACCAGGCCCUCCGCGAUCGCCUGGCUGCAGCACUCAGCAACGGCGACGCCGCUGCUGAGAUUACAGAGCGUGUCAGAGAGAGCUUGGCGUAUAUCAAUACCCUCGAGCCCAAUGUAAGAGCGCUGGUCAGAGCGUGCUAUGCGCAGAGUACUCGUGCUGCCUUUGGGCUUGAGAUUGGCCUAGUAGCCGGAGCUGCUAUAUCUGCGUGGUUUAUCAAAGAAAAGGCUUUGAGUAGAUAG